AGGGGCCGGCGCUGCUCUGGGCAAGCCUUGCUUUGUCCACUCCAACACGGUGUCCUCCUGUUGGCACAAGGGACGAGGAGCUGAGGGUAUCCCUGUAACCGGGCCAGAAGCCCACACCCAGCUCCCUCCUCAGGAUGGAUGUGGGGCUCCCCUUUGGGGCCCACCUGCUGCUGCUGCUGCUUGCCAUCCCCCUCAGGGGCCAGGCCAGCCCAGGCUGCUACGGGAUCCCAGGGAUGCCAGGCCUGCCAGGGGCACCUGGCAAGGAUGGCCGCGAUGGGCUGCGGGGGCCCAAGGGUGAGCCAGGAAUCCCAGCCAUCCCGGGGACUCGAGGACCCAAGGGGCAGAAGGGAGAUCCUGGCACACCUGGCCAUCCUGGGAAAAAUGGGCCCAUGGGAGCCCCUGGGAUGCCGGGAAACCCGGGGCUCAGGGGCCCCCCAGGGGAGCCGGGCGAGGAAGGCAGAUACAAGCAGAAGCACCAGUCCGUGUUCACAGUCACUCGGCAGACAGAGCACUUCCCAGCAGUCAACGGCCUAGUCAAGUUCAACGCAGUCGUCACCAACCCACAGGGGGAUUAUGAUACGGCCACAGGCAAGUUCACCUGCAACGUGCCUGGCCUCUACUACUUCGUCUACCACACCUCGCAGAAGGCCAACCUGUGCAUACAGCUGUUCCGCAACGAUGUCAGGGUGACCACCUUCUGUGACCACAUGCCCAGUAAUAGCAAGCCGAAUAGCAAGCAGGUCAGCUCAGGAGGCGUGCUACUGCACCUCCAGCAGGGCGAGCAGGUGUGGCUGGCUGUCAAUGACUACAAUGGCAUGGUGGGCACCGUGGGCUCCGACAGCGUCUUCUCGGGCUUCCUGCUCUUCCCUGACUAGGGUGGGCAGCUGGCUGCAGGCUCAGGGCCAACCCACCUCCUUCAGCUUUCCUCAUCCUCUCUCAGCCCUUCUCACCUGAUGGACUCCUCCUCCGAGAAGCUCACCCUGACUUCCUGUCCUUCAAGUCCUCUCCGUCCUCUGCACUCCUUCUGGAGUCACUGCUGCACCAUCCCUUUGACCCUUAACCAAUACCUUCUGGGACUCAAGUCUGGGAAGAGGCGGGGAGAUAUAUGAAUAAAUAAUUAGUUCAAUGAA